AUGGCCUUCUUUUGCCCUUCCCAGUUGGCACUUAAAAAGAAAGGUAACCCUCAUGAACUUUUUUAAAGUUCCAUCAGGCCAUUUCUUUUCCAUAUACUUUGCAUAAAAGAAAUCAUUAGCAUUUUUAUUUCUUGAAGUUCACAUUGCGCCGUUAUUGUAGCUUAAUUAAUCGCGCUGUUUCAUUUUAUCGAAGUUAUUUCACGCUUAUUUUCUUUGCUUAGUGUUGCAGAACAAGAAACCUUAUCCCCCGGACGUUUAUCGCCCUUCGACUAGUUUAGAACAACAUGAAACACUGCCGCUCGAAAUUACAAAAUCUGCUUUGAAAAACGGCGCAGUUAUAAAACACAAGCAAGGGAAGCGGAGUGUCAGAAUAAACGAGUUUGGAUUCAAGCAUGAAACACUAACUGAGCGUAAAAUUCGAGGGGCAAAUCUAGCCAAACCUGCAAACAUCAGAGUGAAGAUAUUGCAAAGUUACGAGCCGGUUGACAAGGAAGAACUGAAAGUCCGCAAGGGAAAUUACGUUAAAGUUCUUUACCAGCAAAAUGAUUGGGUCUAUGUCGUGGAUUCUUCAGGAAAAGAAGGAUUUAUACCGUAUUGUUAUUGCUCCACAACCAAUACAUCUACAGACUCCAAAUCAAGCACUUCGGGUUACGAAGACAGCUUCGAAGAUAGCGAAGAUGGAGCCGGGGAAAGACCGAUCUUUUGCGAACCUCAGUUUACGACGAAUAAACACAAUUCUAAGUUGAUGACUUACUUUCCAAAACGAGCUUAUGGGCCGCAAUUAACUGUAUUAUAUGAUUACACAGCGUAUUAUGAAAACGAUAUCAGUGUUUGUCGCGGUGAACUUGUUAUGCUGCUAAAUGAUCAAGAUGAAGAUUGGAUUUGGGUCGCUACAGAGGACGGCGAGGAGGGUUUUGUACCAAGAAGUUUUGUUGUCUUACAUGUAUGCGAAGGUAAAUAACAAUGAAUAGUUUCCUUUUCACUCUGAUGUACUUUUAAGUGUAUAGCUAUGGUUUCUUAGGCUAACCCGAACAUAUCUUUUUUAGCCCCUUCACAAAUAUACAGAAUGGAGAUUGAAGGUAACGGAAUUGAAUUUUCCGGUGAAAUCCGUGGCACUGCGACAUUUCGAGUCGAUUUCGAGACAUUAUAAUGAGCUAUCAGUGUCAGAAUUUAAGUUAACGUUUUUCUUUGAACACGUUGUUUGACUACGAGGAAGUGACUAAUAGAACUAGUGGGCUCAAUAUGCGGGCUUCAUAAACCAGCCGCAAACUAUGAUAUGUUUAUAUCACUAGAUCGAUUCAUUCUCAGGAGUUUCCAGCCACUGAGAAGGCGAUAAUAACGUAUACUCAGUGACCAAAACAUAGCUUUAAAUGAUCAGAAAGAAAUGUAAUGUUAUUGUCUUUUCUACUCAGUAUUACUAAAUUACAGCCCUGCCCAAAGAAUCAGUUUACACUGAAUUUUAUUUAGGUUUUUUCCGGGUUGAAAAUAAAUCUACAAAGACAAAUAUAGCUUUUUAAUGACUAAAAUCACCAAAAUUACCAAUAAGGAAAUACCAAAUAGUUUGAUUAGUUUGAUCUAUAUUUUCGGGAACUUUCACUCUGCGCUCUACUUUGUGGCCCUCAGCUUUCGGCUUGUCAAGCAUUUGCGAUCGGUGCAACUUUCUAAAACUUCUUUCAUGUUUUAAAAGUAUAUUAUUGACCACUAAAAUGCUGAUGUAGUUUCAUUUUUAGUCUUCAGUAAUCUUCUUAGGCUUCGAAUAGCUGGAGAUUCAUUUUUAUCUGUUUUAUUUAUUUGAGUUAAAGAUGUGACAUUUCUCGAACCAAGAGCUAUACACUAAGAGUUCAUUCUGCACCUUCCAAUGAAGUACUUACACGACGGUUAUACUGGAUCACCUUCUCUUCGUGCAUAAGGAGCAAACAAAGCUAUAUCAGUUUAUUUUUUAUUAACAACGUGGUGAUCGAGCCCCUACGUGAUAAAGCGAGACUUGUUAUUUUAGCACUAAAAAUUCAGUCAUAACUGUUGUUGAAAGUCCCUCGGAUUGUUUUCCUAUGGAUAACCUCGACCCUAGCCUAUGUUUUUACCGUCAAAAUCUUUUCAAGAGUUUCUCUCCUCAAGUCAAAUCUUGUGUUUGAUGCACAUGAACGAUCUUGAUAAACGGUUCUCUGAUUAACGGUAAAACAAGCGUUUGAAAACUGAAGGAAAAUGAAAACAUGUAAUGGACCUUGGUCCUUAUUUUGCAAUUGUUUACUUAAGGGUGAAUCAUAUUUUUAUUUGUAAUUGUUUUGCAGUUUAAAAGGUAAUUAAUGUACCAUAUGAAUGGCAUUUUCCCUAGAAACUUGUCCUCUUUGAAUUAAAGAGAAAUAUAUAAAAGAAGAAGAGUUCAGGUCGCAGCAGCUUAUUGUCAAGUUGCGAUUUUUUUAUCACAUUCAAACUAGUCUUUAUUCUUUUUCCCAGGUUGCCUGCAGCGUUUAUCCCUUUCAAACUCAGUACGCUCGCAGGACUUUAACUCACCUGACGUCACACCAACAAGCUCUUCUUCAACUGGCACCAAAUCAAGGUCAUCGUACACAGAUGUGACGUCAUCAGCAGCUUCAAGUGAAAAGACUUACGACCUGAAAGGAACUAAGUUGAUAGUACUUUUCAACUUCGAAGGGCAAGCGUUUGACGAUCUGUCUGUCCAUCCGGGGGAAUAUGUUUUCGCGAACCUUAAGGACCAAAUUGUGCCUGGAAUGAUCUGGGCUUAUUCUCCACACAGAAGGAAAUCUGGCUUUAUUCCUGAAGAUCAUGUUAAAGAACCGAUUGUGACAGAUAUAUGAAGAAUCUAUUUCUCCGCAAGUCUACAGAACAGUUCAAGCCACUGAAUGCCAGAGGUUAUCUUUUUAUGGUUCUUUAAGACAUGCUUUGGGGGCUUUCCUUGUCUUGGUAAAGGUCUGGACAAGGGGACGCAUUGCAAUAUUGUCGCAAUUGAUUAGACUGACUCUAGCCUGUUUGCAACUGACCUCCAAUUGAAUUUUGUACGCAAUAUUUCGGCAGAACAAUCUUGUUCUACCUCUACAAUUAUAUACAGUGCAGAGACUUUCAUCUGUACCUUUUAAGACUUCAUUCUUCAUCCUGCCAAUUUUCACACUCAAAUUUGGCCGCUAGCACGUCUGGUAACGCUCAGUGUUGCAACCCUUUGUAACCUUUCAGCAACUUACGUUUAAGGUUCCAAUAAUCGUGUCAAGCGAAGCUAGCAUGUUGUCUGCAUUGAACAUUGUACGCAGUGCUACUUCUUGUGCCCGGACGCACCAACAAAUGAUGCAAUUAACAACCCUCUAUAAACAUCUGUCGCACUUUUAGAGGGGAAACACCAUUGAAGGCUACAAGAAAAAAUAACUUGCGUUAAAUUAAGCUUGCAAGGUAAUUUUUAGUGUAUACCGGGUUUAACGCGUCAGAGAAGUGACUGAACAAGAAAAGAUAAAAAUUGAAUCAACUAAGGGUGGAGAAAAGAAAGAAGAAAUAAUUCUUUUAUUUUCCUCCCUCUUCUCGCCUCUUACUGAACAUGUCGCGGCCUCCCACCUUUCUCUUCUUCUCCAGAGUAGCUACAGGUGAGAAGAGAGCACAGAUGUAGGCACGUUGCAAGCUUAUGGGUGAGUGGGUUAGACGCUUACUUUGUAUCACGAUCUGUUCGGAAUGGUAGGGGGGAUUUCCAUUUAAAGGAACUAGAAAAUCCCGAGCUUUUAUAACUAAUUUCGAGAAGAGGAAGGUCUUCGUCCAAGAUUUUACUCUAUCAGGAAGGUUACUUCGUCAAAAUCAAUGGAUACAUUUGAUUCAGCACAAUUCUCACCACACCAAACUUCUGUGCCAACUAAAAGCGAAGACCUUUUUCCAAGUUUUCUUUGUACUAAAUUUUUAUCUAGCUUUGUCAGAAGAUAUAUUUAUGGUCCGA